CACUCUUGUAGUAUAGUAGUAGUAACAUUGUAGUCCUGAAAGGAAGAUGGUUUGCAUUUUAAUUCAAAAUUCGGUGCUUUCUUCUCCGGACCUUUUGAUCCACCGUGUUCUGAUCCUAGAGACACUCGAGACUCUGCAAACUGGUUUUGUCAUAGCAUUUCGUCAUUCUUCAACCCUUCGCGCGUUUUAUCAUUUUCCAACCCGACACCAUAGAGCGGAAGUGCUAAAGCAAUGGCGUAAACACAUUGAGCCUAUACCUUGCUUCGCGAUUCGUUCACAUAAAAACGUUAUAUGAAAUACAUAAAAUGGCGAAGUGCAGUUGUUAUUUACUUACGUGAAUAUGAACAAGUAACCGUAGAAGUGCUUACACGUCAACCUAAUUUUCAUCUGUGUAUUAAGCAUCGAUUUUUGCAUCGGUCAAAUAAUCGUAACAGCGUCAUGUUAUCUGGAUGGCAGUUUAUCCUGGCAUGACUGUAAUGUUAUGGUACAUGAAAAGGAACCAGUACCUAGAAACAAAACACUAGUAAACUUGUUCCAAGGAAAACCUGCUCUUGCGUAGCAUACCUUUAAAUAAUAUGGCACAAUAUUUUAACAUUGUGACCAAUCCCAACAACCCAAUAACCAUAGAAGAUGUCCAAAGAAUCUGUUCUGGAGAAGGACAAAGUGUGCAGUUUGUACUUGAGGAUCUGAAUAAUGGAUUGAAUGGCUCUUCACAAUUAGUUGCAUAUACUGCAGGAACACAAAGUCAAAACCAACCUCUCUUUACUCCACAGACAAUAAAUCUUGGUGGGCAGCUUGCCUCAAAUCAUAUAGAUCAACGGCAAAACGUUUACAUAAUUAAAACAAACGAAUCCCACGUUCUAAAGAAUACUGUCAGUGCUCAGAUAGUGGGCGAAAACGUUGUCAAUAUUGUGGAAAACAAGGGUACCCCCAAGGUACCGCCAAAUAAUACUGCCCAGGGACAAAAUAUGCAAUGGGUGAAAAUGCAGGAGAAUAUCAAUUAUGAAGCAGUCUUAAAGCAAAACACAUUGACACCAGUCAGACCCCAAUACAGCACUCCUAUGAGAAAUCAGCAUCAAACCAAUGUCUCGUCACAAGUGGCGAUGAAUUCUUCAGGACAUCGUGAUUCACUUGAACAAUCAGCAUUAACCCCAGUAGCAAAAAAAAUACCCAUUCGGUAUCAAAAUAAAAACAGGCAGUUAGUGACCAAUGCAACAGCAGUGACAGCAGCAACAAGCUCGAGUCAGCAACUUGAAAACAUAGUUAAUUCUCCUGAAGACCGGCUACUUGAUACAAAUUUGGUAAAUAAUAGGAAUCUUAAUACUAUAUUUCGUCCCAAAACGUAUGGUCCCAAUGGACCAGCAGUAAUUAAAACUCCAGCUAGGCAGGGCCGGAAUGUCGUUCGCCCAAACCCACCUCAGGCAAGAAAUUUGCUAAAUUUAAACGUACCAAAAAAUCCGAUUGCCCGUCAAAUGCCUGAAGAGCAGUAUUUAAGUGAAAAAAUAAAAGAAGCCAAGUUGAAACAGCUACAAAAAUCACCAAUGGCAAUGACAUCACAGUUUCAAAGACAAAUACUUCAACAGAGUCCACAGCCAAGAUCACAAGAUAUUGGAGCAAAUAUAGUACAGCAGCGACAACAAUUGACAGUAACACCUCAACAACAAAGACAACAGAUCUCAAACAGCCCUGCACAACGCCAACAAAAUGCAUCUAAUGCUUGCCAACAGAGACAAAUGCAAAUGAUUUUGACACCCCAGCAACAUGCUCAACUUCAGAGGCAGCCAAUGAUGAUGACACCCCAGCAAAGACAGCAACAUCAAGUUCACAUUUCUCCAGUUCCACAGCCAAUGGAAGUUGAUCCACCUGAAAAUAAUCAGAACAAUCAAGAAUCUAACAACAUGAAACAACAGAGUUGUGGAUCGCAAACGGAUAAUGAAUCUGGUAAUCGGAGCUUCUUAUACUUACAAAAAACAAUCGAUAGUCCUCAGUCUUGUAUCGUCCAACACCAAAUAGAUGGUAACACAGCGAAAAUGUUAGUAAUCUUACACAAUGGGGAACAAAGAUUAAUUACUUUUGACAUACCCAAUGAAGAAUGCACAGUGCAAGAUUUACUAGACCAGGUGAAUAUACCAUUUGGUGCGGAUACAAACGUUGCUUUGAUUAAUGACAGUACCAGUCACAUAAACUACAUUGUUGAAGCUGGACCAGGAAAACAUCUAUAUUCUGGAGAGGGUAGUGAAUUAAGUGAUAGUAAUCUAUCGCUGGAUAAGGUAGCGACAAGUCCUGAUGGUUCCUCACCAAUAUGUAGUCCGUCUGAAGAGAGCAGUAAUUCUUCGAUGACCCCACAGGAGAAACCCAAAUACGUGGAAGGAAAGCUAGCUGUUUGUCCAAACUGUGGAAUCAGUUCAAUGGAUUUUAAUCGAUGCCAACGUUGUACGCGACCACUCCCAGAGGAUGUUAAAGCAAUCUCUAUGGGGAUAGACUCACAAGCUAAAAAAGAAAACAUGAUUGCUGUUAAUACAUUUUACAAGAAAAAUAACGAUCAGAAUCGAACACUAAAACUAGAACGGGAAGCUUCACUGACUGCUAAAAGAGGGAGGGGAAGAGGUAGACCCCUAACUAAAACAAGACUUAUCAAAGAGCCAGAAUGUCUUACCAUAUCAUCUGACGAUGAAGAACAAAGCGAAGGGAAAUUCAAGAAAUCUGAAACAGAGAAUAGUACUUCGAUAAUAACCAGCAUUGCUCAUAUCCGCCAUCAGACAGAAAUGGAAAUGAUUUCAGAAAAAGAACCAGUUAUUACCAACAAUUCCGUUACUAACGUUGGUAAACGUAAUAUUAACAAUGAGGGAGGCAUAAAAGGCGGAGGUAGAGAGUCUGAUGUACCAAACAUGGCGGAUGGAUCAAUUCAAGUACCUCACACUUCACUUAUUUGUAGAACAGUGAGGAUAGGCUCAUACAAAUAUAUUCCUCAAGAAAGAAUAAUUAUAUCAAAAAGUGGCGUUAGAUUUGGCGUUCCACUGCUUGAAGAUGAUACGAAUUUCGUACCUUUGGAGGUAAAAUUUAAAGACAUAGUGAAUGUGCUUAUACAUUUUGGAAGAGCAAUGCCCGUGUUGUUCUUCUACACAACAACAAACGCAGGGGGUAUGAUUCGUGAACUAUUAGGGAUGCAAGACCCAAAAGGACCUUAUUAUGACCCAGCUGGAAGAGAUCACACACAUAAGCGUAUAACGCUUUUGCCUGAACUGAUAGAGGAAGAAGCAAAAUUGAUAUUGAAAACAAUAUUUUCGCCAGAUGACUUACUUAUUGAAUUGACCAGCAAAGAGGCCAAUGACAUUCUUGUUAGAGCAUCACCAAAAGAUAGUUUGAACACUUCAAGUAUGACGAAAAGACCAGGACAAACGACAUCGACGACUAACAAUACUGCAAAUGGUGGAAUUCAAACGAUAAUGGUGUAUCCUCCACCACCAGCCAAAGGCGGAAUUGCAAUAAACACCGAAGAUUAUGCUUGCUUGGGGGAAGACCAGUUUUUAAAUGACGUUAUCAUUGACUUUUACUUGAAGUAUCUGACAUUGGAAGUUUUAUCUGAGGAGGAUCAAAACCGAACUCACGUAUUUAGUUCGUAUUUUUACAAAAGACUGACAAGUCCACAUGCACCUGCUGCAGAUACCGCUACACCACUGUCACCGGCUGCUAAACGGCAUGCUCGAGUCCAGAAAUGGACCAAAAAUGUGAAUAUAUUUGAAAAGGACUUUAUUGUUAUUCCCAUCAACGAACACGCCCAUUGGUUCCUAGCUAUAAUCUGUUUCCCUGGUUUUGUGGGUAAAGUUCGCGUGGCUCCAACACCGACAAAAGAGUCUGACGUAAAGAAAAUUGUACACAAAAGUAAAAAAGCGAAAGAGUUGAAGUUACAAGCUGUUACUAUUGGUAACACAACAAUCACACCUGUGACUGCCACCAUCACUUUAGACCCCGGUGAUGAGGGAUCUGAGAGAGAUGAAGCUGAGGGAGAUGAUGACGAAUUGGAAAUGGACAGUGACGACGACGAGGAAACUGAAGAUGGAGAUGCAGCCAGCAAAAAAGCACCAAAACCACCACCACCAAAUUCCGCGCUUGAAAAAAUCGAAAGAUUUCCUUGUAUUUUAAUUUUCGAUUCAUUGGCGGGAGCCAGUCGAUCUCGAGUUGUAGCGACACUCAGAGAUUAUUUGAGUUGUGAAUACCUUGCGAAAAUGGGAACUGAGAAGGUAUUUUCAAAAGACACGAUAAAAGGUGCAUGUCCUAAGGUACCGCAACAAACCAAUUUCACUGAUUGUGGUGUAUAUGUUCUCCAAUACGUCGAGAGCUUCUUCAGUGAUCCUAUAACGAACUACAUGCCACCAAUAAAGACUUUGAAGCAGUGGUUUGAAGAGAUCGUUGUCACGCGCAAGCGGGAGGAACUUUCUAAGUUAUUAGUCAGAUUGAUGAAUGCAACAAAAGGAGACCGGAAUAUAUUGUUACCCGUUCUAACGUUUCCAACCCAAGAGGGAAAACUGCUACAAAAACCAGAAAGCACUAUUGAAAUGAAAUCAGCCAAAUCAGAAGCAGCAAGUCAGAAGAAAGGAAAUGCGGAAACGGACUCGCGAAGCAGUUCAGGAACGGCAAGUUCUGGAGAUAAUGCAGAGACAUCGAUUGAAUCAUCGAACCGUAGUGGGACCCAACAAGUCCUUGCUAAUAAUUCAACUAUAUCAAGUUCCAGCUCGAAUGAGAAUAGUCAAACAGAAAUGUCAGUUGACGGAAAAAUAGGCAACAGAUCGUCGAGUGAUACAAUGUCCUACCUGAAAGCAAAGAGGAUUCCCAGGCUGAUGAGCAGAACAUCAGAGAGUCUUGAUGACAAACAACAAGCCAAGAAGCACAAAUGGGAGUCAUUUGAUUCUUGUAAAUGAACGUUAUUUUAUGUUUUAUAUUGCAGUAAAGUUAAUCACCAUAUUCAUAGAGAGAAGAUGAAAUCCGUUUAAUUAUGUGUAAUAAAGUAUGUAGUUAUUACUUCGUAAGGCGAAUAAAAACAGAACAUGCAAAUCCGAA